UCCCCAUUGCCGCCGAGACACCGCCGCGAGCGCCUUAUCGGAGGGGGUUCGAGCCGAUGGUUACCAUGGGAACCCGGCCCGGAGCGCACUCGCGCCCAUUCCUGCUGCUCCUCCUCGCGCUGCCGCUGGUGCGGGGCCUGGGGACCCGGGGGCAGGGAGGGGACCCGCGGCCCGCACGGGUUUACAGAACUCCAGAGCCUGUUUACAAGGAGCAGUAUUUUGAGCAGGUAUUGGAUCACUUCAACUUUGAAUCGUAUGGCAAUAAGACCUUCCUACAGCGAUACCUCACAGCAGCUAAAUUCUGGAAGAAGGGAGUUGGGCCCAUCUUCUUUUAUACUGGGAAUGAAGGAGACAUUUGGGCAUUUGCUCAGAAUUCCGGCUUCAUCCUUGAGCUGGCAGAACAGCAGAAUGCGCUAGUGAUUUUUGCAGAGCAUAGGUAUUAUGGGACAUCUCUUCCAUUUGGGAAACUGUCCAUGCAGCGGGAAAAUAUUGGCUUGCUCACCGUGGAACAAGCCCUGGCUGACUAUGCGGUGCUCAUUACAGAGCUUAAAAAGCAGUAUGGUGCCAGGGAUUGCCCAGUCAUUGCCUUCGGAGGCAGUUACGGAGGAAUGUUGAGUGCUUACAUGAGAAUGAAAUAUCCUAACAUUGUGGCUGGAGCACUAGCUGCCAGUGCUCCUCUGUUGUCUGUGUCUGGGAUUGGAGACCCCAACCAGUUCUUUCAAGCUGUCACUGCAGAUUUUCAGGGCUCGAGCCCAGCUUGUGUCAAGGCCGUGAGCAAAGCCUUCCAGGAAAUCAAUGACCUCUACUUGAGUGGAGCCUACGAUAGAAUCAGCAGUGAAAUGUCCACGUGCAAGAGGGUUUCUUGCAAGGAAGAUGUCUACCAGCUGUUUGAGUUCGCUCGAAAUGCCUUCACCAUGAUGGCUAUGAUGGACUAUCCUUACAAAACAGACUUCAUGGGUCACUUCCCUGCUAACCCAGUCAAGGUUGGCUGUGACCAGAUCCUUGCACACCAGGACCAUAUUAAAGGACUGGCAGCUCUUAUCGGCGUGUUCUACAACUUGACUGGGAUGGCCCCAUGUUACGACAUAUACGAACAGUACAGAAAAUGUUCUGACCCGACUGGCUGUGGCAUCGGCCCAGAUGCUGAGGCGUGGGACUAUCAGGCUUGUACUGAGAUCAACUUAACCUUCAGCAGCAACAACGUGACCGACAUGUUCCCUGAAAUCCCGUUCACCGAGGCUAUGAGACAGCAGUACUGCUUCAACAAAUGGCUCGUGCACCCACAAAGGGACUGGUUGCAAACAAUGUUUUGGGGCAGCGACCUGAAAGCUGCGAGCAACAUCAUAUUUUCGAAUGGAGACUUGGAUCCAUGGGCAGGCGGUGGCAUAAAGAGUAACCUCAGUUCCUCACUAAUUGCGAUAACCAUUAAGGGAGGCGCUCAUCAUCUGGAUCUCCGCGGAUCUAAUCCAGCUGAUCCUCCAUCUGUCACAGAUGCACGCAACCUAGAAGCAAGGAUUAUCCAUAAGUGGGUGAAGUCUGCUAGGAUUGAGAGAGCCUGGGAGAAGAUGUCUGCAGGUAUAUCACCGUGAAGAUAUCCGUCCAGCUGCCAGCAGGAGUGUUGUACUUUCUGGUACACACACUAGCAGCACAAGGGUGGCAGCCAUAGGAGCUACUUGUGCAC